AUGUUAUUCAGGCCCUUUGGCUCCAGGAGGUCCCUUAAUAACUGUAACAGUAAAGAGUUAAGACCCAAAGCUGUCUUUUGUGUGGGAUUCUGCGGUGGCUUAGACCAAAAAGUCAGUUUAGGAGAUGUGGAAAUUUUAGCGAAGCUAAGAACGUACUCUUCUGUGAAAGUAACGGACAGUGGAAUUCAAGAGCGUGGCCUUGCUGUUCCGUUAGAAAGGAAUCUUUUGAGCCUCAUUAACCACGCUGAUAAUGGCUGGAAGGCGCCACUAAGAGAUUGCGGGGAGGUGAAAGUAUGGAAAGAUGGCGUGUAUUUGAGCGGUCCCGAGAAGGUGGAAAGUAAAGAAAGACGCGAGGAGCUCGUAAAACGAUUCCCGGAUGCAAUCGCUAUAGAAAUGGAAGGGCAAGGUGAGAAUGUGGCUUAAUCUCGUCUGUGGAAAAACCCUUCCAGGUAAUUGUUCCACAGGACUCUGCUAUGCUCCUAAUGAAAUUUUUUGGGUCGUCUUUGGGUUCAUCCCCUCAUCCUGCCACUGGAACGGGUCGCUAGUUUUAAUAUGACUUGAAAGGUCCAAACUCUUUACUCUAUUGACCUCCAUUGCAGUCUUAUUUACAAAGUCUUUUGCAGGUCUGUUCUCAGCCGCACACGACUUGAAGGUCGAAUGGAUUGUUAUCAAAGGUGUCGCUAACCUUGCUGAUGGCAGGGAACCUGAGUCUUGGAGACAAUUUGCGAGCGUAAUGGCAGCUUCAUUGACCGCACACAUUCUAAGUAAUCCAAUUGUUUUCAAAAACUGGCCUCAUUAUAAAGGUGAGUAUGCAGUAGCCUAG